AUGAGAACGAGGUUGCCUUUGCUUUUGCUCUCCUUUCCCUUGCUAUCACACGCUUUUCUGAGUCAGUCGCUAGGAAUUCGAGGAACCCUUGCGAUGUGGCACGAAACCGCUCGGAAAUCGUACCGUACAAUUCUCCAUUUUCCGACAAAUUAUUGGCGUCAAACACGACCGAUUCGACUGGGUUGUUCUAUCUCACCGGAACAGCAGCACGUGUAUUACCCUUGUCACCGCUUUUGGAAAUCGAAGGCGAUUGUAAAGGGAGGAAACGAAAAAUCAAACUACCAAGCUCGAAAACGGACGUCACGCGAACAAAGGAGGUGGUGA